CACACAUUGCCUGUCCACCAUCAUGUUGAGUGACGUGGAGGCAAAAGAGCUGCUGUCCUUCCUCACCCUGAACACCAGGCCGGACGUCAAGGGCCAGGCCACAGAGUACAUCUUGGGCCUAUCAGGCAACAGGGACGGCUGUCGCUACCUACAGUCAAAACCUGACUUCCUUAAAGCCCUGGUGACCCUCACCACCGACCCCUCUAUCGCCAUCGUCAAAGACUGUUACCACUCUCUCAUCAACCUCUCGGCUGACGAGACCAUGCACCAACCGCUGGUGAAAGACGCUGACUUCCUCCCUAUGUUGUUUAAAAACCUCCUGGACCCAGAGUUUAUGUUUGCAGAUCGUAUCUGUACGAUCCUUACUAACCUGUCGCGGCACGUGAAGACGUGUAAAGAGGUGUUUAAGGCUAUGCAGGCGCAGGAGAUAGGUCUGACGCAGAUAGUGGAAAUCUUCUGCACUGAGGGCUACAACAAGCAGGUGUCACUCCAUUACCUGGGCCCCCUCCUCUCCAACCUGACUCAGCUGCCCGAGACCAGACACUUUAUCCUGGAUAGGGAGAGAUGUGUAGUGCAGAGACUCCUUCCCUACAUACAGUACGAGGCCUCCACAAUCAGACGAGGGGGAGUCAUUGGCACUCUGAGAAAUUGUUGCUUUGACCAUGCUCAUCAUGAGUGGUUGCUUAGUGAUGCGGUGGACAUUCUGCCUUUCCUGUUGCUGCCUCUCGCUGGGCCUGAGGAACUCUCUGACGAGGAGAAUGAAGGGUUACCCGUCGACCUCCAGUACUUGCCAGAGGACAAGAAAAGAGAGGAGGAUCCCGACAUUCGCAAGAUGCUCAUUGAGACCAUGAUACUGCUGACUGCGACCCAAGUGGGCCGGCAGUUUCUGAAGGCCAAGAACACCUACGCCAUCAUGAGGGAGUUCCACAACUGGGAAAAGGAACCUCACGUGGCCGCUGCUUGCGAGAAGUUUAUACAGGUGCUGAUCGGGGAUGAACCGGAGCCAGGCAUGGAGAACUUGUUGGAGGUGGAGAUUCCUGAGGAUGUGGAGGUGAAGCUCAAAGACAUGGAUGCCAAGGAGCAGGAGCAGUUGGAGAAGGACCAGGAAGAUCUGUUAAAUCCAGACAAGCCCCAGCAGUGUGCUGGCAUAGUGAGGAUGAUGUAGCAGGGAGGUCUUUUCUACAUUUCAUCUGAGCCACCAUCUGAUGAACAAUGGAACCAAACCAACUGCUGACUGGAAUGAACACAAGAUAAUUCUCGCCAUCACAACAACAAACUUGCAUGUAAACAGGAGUUGGGAAGGACUGGGUUGUAUUUUCACAUGUAAAUUCAGACAACAAAAGUCAAGUAACUAACUAUUAAAAUAAUCAAACUUUGUUUUUAACGAAAA